AGAGUUCAGUCUUUCGCAUUCUCACACGCAACUCACACCUACAAAACCAACCCCUACACACACACACAUACACACACAUACACACAGCUCAAUGGCAGAUCAACCAGCAGAGCGUCCUCGUCUGAAGCUGCUUCCCAAGGGUGCCACAGCACAGCAGCAGGGCGAACCAGAUGGCUCGACCACGCCGACGUCGGCGGGCGCGGCGCCCAAGUCGGAUCCGUUCGGUGGCGCACGACCCCGCGAGCAGAACGUGUCGCAGGAACGCGAGGCGCGCUACCGUGAGAAGGAGGCCGAGAUUGACUAUGAGCGCAACGCAUCGAUCGACAAGGUCGCUGCGGCCAAGCAGCAGAUGCUCGCCCAGCAGCAGGAUCAGCCGCAGGAUCAGCCGCAGGGUCAACCAGCCCAGCAGCAGCAGCAGCGUGGUCUGGUGGGCGCUGCAGGCGUUCCGAUCGGCGCUGCCGCAGCAGGCUCAAUGCACUCCACACGUGGCGAGCAGCAGCAGCAGCAGCGGUACCAGGGCCAGCAUGCCGCGUCGCCUCGCCGGGGAGGCGCGUCUGGACUGUCUGACUUUUCGCAGCUGCGCAUCGCGGCGGAGGAGGCCGAGGAAGGCUUCCAGCGCGUCGAGCACGGUCGCCGUUCCCAGCACCAAGGCCAGGGCCAGACCAGUCACGGGGCCUUCCAAAAGCACCAAAGACCCCACCACCAGCAGCAGCAACAGCAGCACCAUUACGACCAGCAGUCCUCCUUCUCGCGCGACGGUGCUGCCGGGUCCCACCAGCAGCAGCACCAUCAGCAGCACCAUCAGCAGCAACAGCACCCGCGCAACCCGCCGCCAGAGACGUACGUCUGCAACCUCUGCCACGUCCCUGGUCAUUGGAUUCAAGACUGCGAGCAGGCCGUCAAGCGCAGCGCUCCUGUGGCCGCGGGAGAUGCUUCGUCAGUGCCCGCAGGUGCGUCGCGAGCAUCCCACAACCACCAACAACAACAGGCGCAGCCCCGUUCCCACUCUGCCGGCCGCCAGGCUUCGUCUCAGCAGCAGCCGCAGCAGCAGGCAGACCGUCCCCGACGGACCGCCUUCCCAGCAAGCUUUGCCGACGAUGAAGAGGCCGAUCCCUCGCUCAAGACCGCCCAGGCCGCCCCGCAACAAUCGGGCCGCAAGCCUCCGGAAACGUAUGUCUGCCACGUUUGCGAGACCCCCGGGCACUGGAUUCAAGAGUGCCCCAACCGCAGCCACAACAACCCCGCCAACCCGAACGGCACAAGCAGCUCUGGACCGCGUCCCGCACGCAGCAGCGGCACCGCCCAUAGUGGCGCGACCAACCGCGACGGCAUUCCUCCUCCCGGCUACCUGUGCAAGGUCUGCAACAUUCCUGGCCACUAUGUCGAGAGCCACCGCACCCAGCGCUCCGAAGUCUCCAACUAAGGCCCGCCCGAGUUUUGAUGUUUGAAUGUUCAGUUUGUCGUUGUUCAAGUGCUUUUUUUUGCGGCUUUUUUUCAUUGGUGCUGCUGCUGCUGUUUGUUGUUGUUUGUUGCAUUGUUUUUUUCUCCACA